GUGGAGGCGGACAUGGCUUGUGGCUUCCGCAGGUCCAUCGCUUGUCAGCUUUCCAGAGUGUUGGAUCUUCCACCAGAAAACUUGAUCAAGUCAAUAUCUGCAGUUCCAAUUUCCAGGAAAGAAGAAGUAGCUGAUUUUCAGCUCUGUGUGGAUUCUCUAUUGGAAAACAACAGUGACCAUUCAAGACCAGAUAUUCAAGUUCAAGCAACAAGACUGGCAGAGAAGCUAAAAUGUGAUACAGUGGUGAGUGAAAUCAGCACUGGUCGAGGGACUGUAAAUUUCAAAAUUAACAGAGAACUAUUAACAAAGACGGUACUACAACAGGUAAUCAACGAUGGCUCAAAAUAUGGAUUAAAAAGUGAGCUUUUCUCUGGUCUUCCCCAGAAGAAGAUUGUGGUUGAAUUCAGUUCACCUAACGUUGCCAAAAAAUUUCACGUUGGCCAUUUGCGUUCUACCAUCAUAGGAAAUUUUAUAGCAAAUCUCAAAGAAGCUUUAGGACAUCAAGUAACCAGAAUAAAUUACCUUGGAGAUUGGGGCAUGCAGUUUGGUCUUCUGGGAACUGGCUUCCAACUCUUUGGCUAUGAAGAAAAACUUCAGUCCAAUCCUCUACAGCAUCUCUUUGAAGUUUAUGUACAAGUUAAUAAAGAAGCAGCAGAUGAUAAAAAUAUAGGAAAAUCAGCACAUGAGUUCUUCCAACGAUUAGAACUGGGUGACACGCAAGCACUUGCACUGUGGCAGAAAUUUCGGGACCUCAGCAUAGAAGAAUACGUGCGGAUUUACAAGCGUCUAGGAGUACACUUUGAUGAAUACUCCGGAGAAUCAUUUUAUCGUGAAAAAUCUCAAGAAGUCUUAAAGUUGCUGGACAGUAAAGGACUCCUGCAGAAAACAGUAAAAGGAACGGCUAUAGUGGAUCUUUCUGGGAAUGGUGACCCCUCCUCAAUUUGUACUGUAAUGCGAAGCGAUGGCACUUCUCUCUACGCAACCAGAGAUCUUGCAGCUGCUAUAGAUCGAAUGGACAAGUAUAAUUUUGAUACAAUGAUUUAUGUGACAGAUAAAGGGCAAAAAAAGCAUUUUCAGCAGGUGUUCCAAAUGCUGCAGAUCAUGGGAUAUGACUGGGCAGAAAGGUGCCAGCACGUGCCCUUUGGAGUGGUGCAGGGAAUGAAGACUCGAAGAGGAAAUGUUACUUUUCUGGAAGAUGUUCUAAAUGAGAUUCGAUCGAGGAUGCUACAGAACAUGGCUUCUAUUAAGACUACCAAAGAACUGGAGAACCCACAGCAGACUGCAGAGAGGGUCGGGCUCGCCGCACUCAUUAUUCAGGACUUCAGAGGUUUACUCUUAUCUGACUAUCAGUUCAGCUGGGAUCGUGUUUUCCAGAGUCGUGGGGACACAGGAGUCUUCCUGCAGUACACGCAUGCCCGCCUCCACAGUUUGGAAGAGACUUUUGGAUGUGGUUAUCUAAAUGAUUUCAACACUGCUUGUUUACAAGAUCCACAGUCUGUUUCCAUUCUCCAGCAUCUUCUCAGGUUCGACGAGGUGCUUUGUAGAUCAUCUCAGGACCUUCAACCCAGGCACAUUGUCAGUUACCUUCUAACUCUAAGUCAUCUUGCUGCUAUGGCACACAAGACACUGCUUAUAAAAGACAGUCCUCCCGAAGUGGCUGGGGCCAGACUUCAUCUUUUCAGAGCUGUGCGUUCUGUCCUAGCCAAUGGAAUGAAACUUCUUGGAAUAACACCUGUAUGUAGGAUGUAAUUUCUAAUUAAAAUAGCUUUCUAAAUACCGAGUGAAUUCUAGUUAUCUAUUCUUAUAUGCCUUGUUUAGAAUUUAAACUGUUUCUGUAUCAGAAUCUGUUUUAGUAAGCCUAAGUGAUUUAUCAACUUAUUAAAUCUUUAUCUAA